UCCACACACACACACACACACACACUGAUGGUGAUUUAACAGUGUGUUGUCUGUGGAAGAGGAACAAUUACUUCUGUUGAGGUUCCAUCACACAAUCCCAGGAUGCACUGUGUGAGCAGAGGAGGCUGCUACCUGGUCAACUCCUGCUGUGACCUCCAGGAGGACAACCGGUGGAGGAAGGAGAGCUACCAGGCCUGCUGGGUGAGCCACGUCCUGGAAACACGGCCGCAGUUCAGGAUGACGCUGUCUGAGACGGACAGCGUCCGCAGGGAGAGCUACAAGCAGCAGCAGGUGGUCCACUUCCUGGUGGAGAGGAGCCCGGGCCAGACCCUGAAGCUGGGCCGGGACGGCGGAGUCAUGACCAGACACCAGCUGCCUCUCUCACCCACCAGCCGGGCGCCGCACGGCGCCAACGCCGCCGCCUUCGACCGCAGGGUGCAGCAGCCCGUGGCGUCAGAGGAGGAGUGGGACUCAUGGGAGACGAGCGACCUGAUAAAGCCAGCCAGGGAGAACUUCAGAGCCUCCGGCCUGAUGUCUUCUCCCAGACACGCCUCUCACCGGGCGCCCAAGAGGGAGUGAAGCGCCGAGACCUACACCGUCUUAGUAAACACUUUCAAUCUACCAGUGAAUUGAAACGUUUACAAACAAUGUCUUAUCUUCUGAGCAGUUUCAGUAUACUCUUAAAAACCUGAAUUGUAGACAUAAUAAGCUACUUGAUAAUAAUAAGCUACUUUAGCGAACAUGUUUAAUGAUUUACUGUGAAAUGCUCCUGAAUGUUAGUGCAGGUUAUUUUCUGGAAGGAAAUGAUACUUUUGUCGUUGCGAGGGAUCUGUGUGUCUAAUAAAGCUAUUUUGAGCGCC